CAACAAAAGAAGUUGUUUUGCUUUCUUCAUAUACGCCUACCUUAUAUAGCUCGUCCAUCGUGCGUCUGAUUCAAACGACAACUACUGCCUCCCGUUAUCACGUCUCUGAUACCUGGAUUUGUCUCCAUUCAAGGACCUUCUCUCUUACUCUCCAACGAAACGAGCGAACAGUAUGGGGAGGGGGAAGAUAGUGAUAAGGAGGAUUGACAAUUCAACGAGCAGGCAAGUGACGUUCUCGAAGAGGAGGAACGGACUGUUGAAGAAGGCGAAGGAGCUGGCGAUUCUGUGCGAUGCGGAAGUCGGAAUCAUGAUCUUCUCCAGUACCGGAAAACUCUACGAUUUCGCAAGCACCGGCAUGAAAUCAGUAAUUGAACGGUACAACAAAGCAAAAGAGGAACCUCAUCAUUUGGGAAACCCAACCUCUGAAAUGAAGUUCUGGCAAAGGGAGGCGGCAAUGUUGAGACAACAACUGCAGAACUUGCAAGAGAACCAUCGGCAAAUGAUGGGUCAAGAGCUCUCUGGUUUAAGUGUCAAAGACUUGCAAAACUUGGAGAACCAGCUGGAAAUGAGCCUUCGGGGAGUCCGUAUGAAAAAGGACCAAAUUCUAAUGGACGAGAUACAAGAACUGAAUGAAAAGGGAAACCUCAUUCACCAAGAAAAUGUGGAACUCUAUAAGAAGAUAAACCUAAUUCGCCAAGAAAACACGGAACUAUACAAGAAGGUUUAUGGAACAAGAGAUGUGAAUGGAGCAAACAGGAGUUCUCUCCGCAGUAAUGGUCUAGGCAUUGGAAAGGACUCGCAUGAACCUGUCCAUCUCCAGCUUAGCCAGCCACAACAACAAAACUAUGAGACGCCAUCAAGAGCUACAAAAUUGGGGUAUAGUUUCAACCACAAAACUGAUACCUCGUACAGAAUAAUUAGUUUGAAGCAAUCAUAAAUCAUGAACCAAAACUUGUUUCAUUGGUAACUGCAGCAGGUUGCAACUGCAAUAACAAGGAAGGUGCUUCAACCAUUACGGAUGUUAUGGGAUUAUUAUCAAUAAAAUGGCCAUAAGUUAGAAGGUUAUGCUUAUGUCAAAGAUGUGGUAUGUAAACCACUAACCAUUUGAUUGAAAGAAAGACUCUGGUUUGACAUUAGUUUUGGCAUGUGUGUGAUGAGUAAGGAAACUGGCAGCUUAUGUAAAGAUAAAAUCACAUAUAAUAAAAAAAGGAUUGAUUUUCCAGAAUCAAUCUGUUUGAUUUGCUUA